AUGGCAUCUGGACGUCCCAUUUUCGGCAUCUUAGCCCUGUUCUUCACCGCAGGAGCUUUGGUGUUAAUGUAUUUGACAUUACUCGGUGGAGCCAACAACCAUGUUCCCCUAAACGAAAUCUACUUCCUCCAAGCAAACACUUCAAACAUCCCCGGUGCACCUUCUAUAUCGAGAUGGACAUUUUGGAAUAUCUGCUCUGUUUCCGAUGGCAAGAGUCAAUGCGGAACUACUCAUCCUGAUUUCCCCUUUGACCCACCAUCGUCACAGAACUUUGGCACCGACACUAACAUUCCUGCUGCAUUUAUCGGAACCCGCCAUUACUACCUACUAUCCCGAUUCAUGUUCCCCUUUAUGCUUAUUGCUCUAUUCUUUGCAACACUCUCUCUGUUCCUCGGUGUUGUGGCUCCGUGUACUCGCAUCGGAAGCUAUCUCUCUGGUCUUCUUGGCUCGAUUGCAUGGGUCUUCCAAGUCAUCACAACCACUCUCAUGACUGCCUGCUUCGUCCAAGGACGCCACCACUUCAACAGCAAUGGCCAGUCUGCCAAACUCGGCCCCAAGGCCUUUGGCUUCAUGUGGACCGCCCUCACCCUUUUGACUUUGUCAUCCGUCCUAUACUGUAUGGGCGGCGCAGCAGGUCGCAGCAGCUCAAGUGGAUAUACCGGUCGUGAGACAAGACGACGCGGCUUCUUUGCUUCCCGACGAUCCAGCACUAAGUCUCACGGAAGCACUAGAAGCAAGCGUGAAGAUGAGGUGUAA